AUAAAAGCACCGCGGGGUGCAGCGCCCCGGCACUUCUCCGAUCGCCUCCAGACGCACCCCACAGCACCCCAGCAUGACCGAGCGCCGCGUGCCCUUCUCGCUCCUGCGGAGCCCCAGCUGGGACCCCUUCCGAGACUGGUACCCGGCGCACAGCCGCCUCUUCGACACGGCCUUCGGGAUGCCGCGGCUGCCCGAGGAGUUUUCGCAGUGGCUCGGCUCCAGCGGCUGGCCGGGCUACGUGCGCCCGCUGCCCGGGGCGCCGGUGGACGGGGCCCCCGCCGUGGCCGUGGCCGCCCCGGCUUACAGCCGCGCGCUCAGCCGGCAGCUCAGCAGCGGCGUCUCGGAGCUCCGGCACACGGCCGACCGCUGGCGCGUGGCCCUGGACGUCAACCACUUCGCCCCCGAGGAGCUGACGGUCAAGACCAAGGACGGCGUGGUGGAGAUCACCGGCAAGCACGAAGAGAGACAAGACGAGCACGGUUACAUCUCCCGGUGCUUCACUCGCAAAUACACGCUGCCCCCUGGUGUGGAUCCCACCCAGGUCUCCUCCUCCCUGUCCCCUGAGGGUAUGCUCACCGUGGAGGCCCCCAUGCCCAAACCAGCCACCCAGUCGUCUGAAAUCACCAUCCCGGUCACCUUUGAGUCCCGUGCCCAGCUCUCAGGCCCAGAAGCAGGGAAAUCCGAGCAGGCUGCAGCCAAGUAAAGCGCUUCGGGGCCUCUGGUCACCGCCCACCCCAGGAAUCUCUGUCCUUCCUCUGUACCCCAGUCUCCCUGCCCAGCUCUUUUGAUACUCCCUCUUUUGUUUUUCUCUAAUAAAGUUGGAUACAUCCCA